AUUCCACUCAAUUCCACUCAAUUCCACUCAAUUCCACUCAAUUCCACUCCCAUUCCACUUCAAUUCCACUCCCAUUCCACUUCAAUUCCAUUACGAUUCCAGCCACAAUUCCAGCCACAAUUCCACUUCAAUUCCACUCAACCUUUGUCUUUUUCAAACAGAGCUUGGAGAAAGGGAUUGUGCGCAAAAUGUCUUUUUCUUGUGUCGAACUCAAUUGCACAGGAACUUUCAGAACACAAGCGCAGCUCAACAAACAUAAAUAUGAUCAUCAUACUUUACAAAUUACAGUUACAAUUCAAAACACCUCAUACACGACGGAUAAAACUGAGAGUGGUUUCAUUUGUCCGAAAUGCAAUCAGACUUUAAAGACAACUUCAACCUUCAAUAGACAUGUAGUUGGACACAACAGAUCACCGCGGGGUAGAAAAGAAAAAAGGGUUAAGAAGGAUGCUUGUUUGCCACCAAAAACCAAGUUACCAAAAACGUUUAGUGAAAGUGACAUCAAAACUGCCCAAAAUACAUCGAACGAAAUAAAGACUCUUACAAAGCCUAUUGCAACACUUGCGGCUGCUGGUGGGUUAGAGUAUACCAUACAAGACCAACAAAAAACCUUGGUUCUCACUGAAAUCACAAACCUGACACCUAUUGGAUUGCUAUCAAAACAACAGUCAUAUUAUCUCCUUGGAAGUCCAAAUCAAGUGCAAGAAAUCUAUGAAAAGCAACCAAAAGUUAUCUUCUCUAUUCCACCUGAUCUCAGUCAUCCACCAAAGCAUCAUGAGACUAACGACGUAUUGCUCACCUUUUUGAUGAAAAACAGUUCGAUGGCAUCAUUGUUAAAGAAUGAAACUUAUCAUGAAUUGAACGAUCUUCAUUUGAAGAAAGCAGACUCUGAUUGGCCAACAAACCAAGAAGCAAGAUAUGCUGUAUCUCAAAUGUUUGCUGGAUGUAUACUCUUGGAUGGGACAAAAGCUAUUUUAAUCAACUGUGUUGAACCUUAUGGAAGAAAAAAGCGGAUUGAUCCCCAUUACGAAAGAUAUUCAAAGGAUGAUUGCAAUUCAUCUAUUCCAGAUUCGAACUGUUAUCACAAGCAAGUCUGUGUCAAACUCUUUGAAUCUGAUAACUCAGACAAGCUUGUAAUUGGACUCUUUAGUUGUAAUCUACUUGUCACAUCCAGCUGUACACUUUCAAACAACCCAGUCAUUUGUGUCGGCCCAUCAACCAAUAGUUUUACACCUGUGAUGUUUUGAUAAUAGAGAGUUAUAGAAUAAGAUAAUGUAGAGACAAAGGUAGAUACUUUGAGACUGUUUUAUACAAUUUUAUUGUUCUUUUUUACUAUAAAU